GGAAGCUGCUGAGGAGUCAUGUGCCCUGAGUAACAUGGCCGCUGCCCCAUGAGUGCCGCCGGUAUCUGGCGGGAGAGGGUCGCUUGAGCUGUUAGGUGGCCAGAGUCAGGUGUGCAGGAGCGGGGUCCGGGCCUGGGUUCCGAGGCGCGGCGGCAGAGCGACGCAGGCGGACCUGGGGCGGCGUGGCCCAUGAGCCGGCGCCGGGGGCAGCGCGGAGCCGUAGACUCCCCAGGCACCGGCGCGGCCCCGGCAGCCGCGGGCUAGGAGUCGCGAGGCUUCUCGAGCUACCCACCAUGAACCCCGAGAAGGACUUCGCGCCGCUCACGCCAAACAUCGUUCGCGCCCUCAAUGACAAGCUGUACGAAAAGCGGAAGGUGGCAGCGCUGGAGAUCGAGAAGCUGGUCCGGGAGUUCGUGGCCCAGAACAAUACCAUGCAAAUCAAGCAUGUGAUCCAGACCCUGUCCCAGGAGUUCGCCCUGUCUCAGCACCCCCACAGCCGGAAAGGGGGCCUCAUCGGCCUGGCCGCCUGCUCCAUCGCGCUGGGCAAGGACUCAGGGCUCUACCUGAAGGAACUGAUCGAGCCGGUGCUGACCUGCUUCAACGACGCGGACAGCAGGCUGCGCUACUACGCCUGCGAGGCUCUCUACAACAUUGUCAAGGUGGCCCGAGGCGCCGUGCUGCCCCACUUCAACGUGCUCUUUGACGGGCUGAGCAAGCUGGCUGCUGACCCAGACCCCAAUGUGAAAAGCGGAUCCGAGCUCCUAGACCGCCUUUUAAAGGACAUCGUGACUGAGAGCAGCAAGUUUGACCUGGUGGGCUUCAUCCCCCUGUUGCGGGAGAGGAUCUACUCCAACAACCAGUACGCCCGACAGUUCAUCAUCUCCUGGAUCCUGGUUCUGGAGUCCGUGCCAGACAUCAACCUGCUGGACUACCUGCCCGAGAUCCUGGACGGCCUGUUCCAGAUCCUGGGCGACAACGGCAAAGAGAUUCGGAAAAUGUGUGAGGUCGUUCUUGGAGAAUUCUUGAAAGAAAUCAAGAAGAACCCCUCCAGUGUUAAGUUUGCCGAGAUGGCCAACAUCCUGGUGAUCCACUGCCAGACCACAGACGACCUCAUCCAGCUGACAGCCAUGUGCUGGAUGCGGGAGUUCAUCCAGCUGGCCGGCCGGGUGAUGCUGCCCUAUUCUUCUGGGAUCCUGACCGCCGUCUUGCCCUGCCUGGCCUACGAUGACCGCAAGAAAAGCAUCAAGGAGGUGGCCAAUGUGUGCAACCAGAGUCUGAUGAAGCUGGUCACCCCUGAGGACGAUGAGCCGGACGAGCCGAAGCCAGCGCUCCAGAGGCAGGCAGAACCCCACCCCGAUGACACCCUGGCGAAACAGGAAGGAGCAGGCAAUGGAGGUCCAGAUGGUUCUUGUGACUCCAGCUUCGGUAGCGGCAUCAGUGUCUUCACUCCGGCCAGCACCGAAAGAGCCCCAGUGACCCUGCACCUCGAUGGGAUUGUGCAGGUCCUAAACUGCCACCUCAGUGACAUGACCAUCGGGAUGAUGACCAGGAUUGCUGUUCUGAAGUGGCUCUACCACCUCUACAUCAAGACUCCUCGGAAGAUGUUCCGGCACACGGACAGCCUCUUCCCCAUCCUACUGCAGACGUUAUCAGAUGAGUCGGACGAGGUUGUCCUGAAGGAUCUGGAGGUGUUGGCAGAAAUUGCUUCCUCCCCUGCAGGCCAGACGGAUGACACAGACCCCCUUGAUGGCCCUGACCUCCGGCUCAGCCACUCAGAGCUCCAGGUGCCCACCCCCGGCAGAGCCGGCCCGCCCAUCACUCCCGGUACCAAAGGCUUAGAAUGUUCUCCUUCCACUCCCACCAUGAACUCCUACUUUUAUAAGUUCAUGAUCAACCUGCUCAAGAGGUUCAGCAGCGAACGGAAGCUCCUGGAGGUCAGAGGCCCCUUCAUCAUCAGGCAGCUCUGCCUCCUGCUCAACGCGGAGAACAUCUUCCACUCGAUGGCCGACAUCCUGCUGCGGGAGGAGGACCUCAAGUUCGCGUCCACCAUGGUGCACGCCCUCAAUACCAUCCUGCUCACCUCCACCGAGCUCUUCCAGCUGCGGAACCAGCUCAAGGACCUGAAGACUCUGGAGAGCCAGAACCUGUUCUGCUGCCUGUACCGCUCCUGGUGCCACAACCCGGUCACCACGGUGUCCCUCUGCUUCCUCACCCAGAACUACCAGCACGCCUACGACCUCAUCCAGAAGUUCGGGGACCUGGAGGUCACUGUGGACUUCCUCACAGAAGUGGACAAGCUGGUGCAGCUGAUUGAGUGCCCCAUCUUCACAUAUCUGCGCCUGCAGCUGCUGGAUGUGAAGAACAACCCCUACCUGAUCAAGGCGCUGUACGGGCUGCUCAUGCUGCUGCCCCAGAGCAGCGCCUUCCAGCUGCUCUCGCACCGGCUGCAGUGCGUGCCUAACCCCGAGCUGCUGCAGACCGAGUCGCCAUGGAAACGAGCAGAGCCACUGAGAAGAUUUACGCUGAAUGGAGCGCGCCCAGCUUGCAUCAGAUGCCCUGUGUGUCUAGAAUUCCCUCCCAGGCCGUUAGAGCCGCUCAGCAGGCCUGGCGCCUGGGCCUCAGGCGUUUGCCCUCAGGGCGGACGCAGGCAGCCCUCAGCUGGGCCCGCCCGGCACUCACGGCCCCUGAAGGGAGCCCGUGUGCCCUCCACACCAGUGGGCUUUGCUCCUGCCACCCUGCCCACCUGGCCUGGCCCCCUGAGGCACCUGUUGGUUGUCAGCCCCAGGCCGGCUAGAGAGGCUGAGCCCCAGCAGGUGUGGCCCCCACCGAGGCCCAGCGCCUGCCUUCCCUGCCCCUCUCUCCGGACGGCAGUGCUCCAGGUGGCAGGACUGGGCUUUGUGCCGCCGCCGUCCCAGCUGCUCAGGGUGCCACCCAGAGCCGGUCUGAAGGCAGCCCCCAAGUCGCAGAAGGCCGACACCCCCAGCAUCGACUACGCAGAGCUGCUGCAGCACUUUGAGAAGGUCCAGAACAAACACCUGGAAGUGAGGCACCAGCGGACUGGGCGUGGGGACCCCCUGGACCGGAGGGUCGUCCUCUGACAGUGCUGGCAUGGAAAAGGACCCAACGAGUGGUCCCAUGAAGCACUCAGGGUCUUCAGGACCCCCCAACCCCAGGAGCCUGAGGACCUGCCUCUCAGGGCCAAGGCUGGGCCUGACCACCAGCCCAGGGUGGGGGUGGGGGGCGGCCAGAGGCUGUUCUGUCCACCCAAGCUCCUCUCAGGGCCCAGGCCCCCAGUGCCAUCAGCUGCACCCUGGCACUCAGAGCUGGCUGCCCACCCGGUGGGGUGGGAGGGGCACAGCCUCAGAUGCCACCCAUCCCCUGGAAUCAGUCUUUUUCUGAUACUCUUCUUGGAAAAAGGUCUUGAACUCCCCAGCCCAGCAGAGCUCUGGCCUUGUGUGUAUAUGUGUAUACAUAUGUGAACAUGUGUGUGUACAUACGUGUGUACAUACUUGUAUGCACAUAGGGACCAGCACAAAGAUCUCCACUGAAUGAUGCACCCCACCCCACCCCAAUAAAGGAAUAACAGAAAACCCUUAA